AGGUAAUUUGGUCAUUUACAGGGCCUCCACCAGGUUGAAAGGUACCGAGCAGAUCUGAAUAGAGCUUUGAGCUUUAAAAAAAACUCUGCCUCUUUUCUUUCCCCUUCUCUCUCUCUCCCUCUCUCUAAAGCAAAGCAGAAUCAAUUGGAAAAGAUGAUACCAGAAACUUUGAAUUCACUAAACUACUUCACCAGCCUGGUACCAGACUUGAUGCCCGUUGCCACAGUGCCUAUCAUCAUUCUCAUCUGCCUUCUGUUUCUAAUAUGGAAUCACGAAGAAACAUCAUCAAUACCAGGGCCAGGAUACUGCAUGGGAAUUGGGCCCCUCAUUUCACAUGGGAGAUUUCUCUGGAUGGGAGUAGGUAACGCCUGCAACUACUACAACAAGACAUAUGGAGAAUUCGUAAGAGUUUGGAUCAGCGGUGAAGAAACAUUUAUAAUUAGCAAAUCCUCAAGCGUAUUCCAUGUAAUGAAACACUGGAACUACGUUUCUCGAUUUGGGAGCAAACUUGGAUUGCAGUGCAUUGGCAUGUAUGAAAAUGGGAUUAUAUUUAAUAACAACCCAGCACACUGGAAGGAAAUCCGACCCUUCUUCACCAAAGCCCUGUCUGGUCCCGGUCUUGUGCGCAUGAUAGCCAUUUGUGUUGAAUCAACAAUUGUUCACCUGGACAAACUAGAAGAAGUGACCACUGAAGUAGGAAAUGUCAAUGUGUUGAAUCUCAUGAGACGGAUCAUGCUUGACACAUCUAACAAGCUCUUUCUAGGGGUCCCUUUGGAUGAAAGUGCCAUUGUUCUUAAGAUUCAGAACUACUUUGAUGCUUGGCAAGCUCUUCUAUUAAAGCCCGACAUAUUUUUUAAGAUUUCUUGGCUUUGCAAGAAGUAUGAAGAGGCAGCCAAAGAUUUGAAAGGAGCAAUGGAAAUCUUAAUAGAACAGAAGCGACAAAAGCUUUCCUCUGUUGAAAAGUUGGAUGAGCACAUGGAUUUUGCAUCUCAGCUGAUUUUUGCACAGAACAGAGGAGAUCUGACUGCUGAGAAUGUGAACCAGUGUGUGCUGGAGAUGAUGAUCGCUGCUCCUGACACUCUAUCUGUGACUCUCUUCUUUAUGCUAAUACUGAUUGCAGAGCACCCCACAGUGGAGGAGAUGAUGAUGAGAGAAAUUGAAACUGUUAUGGGUGACAGAGAUGUACAGAGUGAUGACAUGCCAAACCUCAAAAUUGUGGAGAAUUUUAUUUAUGAGAGCAUGAGAUACCAGCCAGUUGUGGACUUAAUCAUGAGAAAAGCUUUGCAAGAUGAUGUAAUUGAUGGCUACCCUGUGAAAAAGGGGACAAACAUUAUUCUUAACAUUGGACGUAUGCACAAGCUUGAAUUCUUCCCAAAACCGAAUGAGUUUUCUCUUGAAAACUUUGAGAAGAAUGUUCCAUCACGCUAUUUCCAGCCAUUUGGAUUUGGCCCCCGGGGCUGUGUAGGAAAGUUUAUUGCCAUGGUAAUGAUGAAAGCAAUUCUGGUGACUCUUCUGAGACGGUGCAGAGUACAGACAAUGAAAGGAAGAGGACUUAACAACAUCCAGAAAAACAAUGACUUAUCCAUGCACCCAAUAGAAAGGCAGCCUCUGCUGGAGAUGGUUUUUACACCAAGAAGCCCAGACAAGAGUCAGAGUGAUUAAAGCAGAUCAGCAUUAACAUUACAGGGUGUUCACAGCCACUUUAAGAAAUGCCCUUCAUUCCCAGGUAAAGAUAUAACGUAAAACAUUUUGUUGCAACUAAACCAUUACACCAAGCAUCCACUUAUUUGCCUGCGCAACACGUGUUCUGGCCGUAAAUUCCAUUGCAAUGCAGUAAGUCCAAAUUCUCAAAAUAGUCCUGUUGUCAGGUGAUGCCACACUAUACACAGGAUUCCUGACUACUUUUUAAACCGUCAAGUUCAGAUGAAGUUAUGCCUUGCUUUUCAAAUGGCGCAAGGUCAGACAUUUGAGGAUCAAAAUCACCUGCCUGUUUGUGCUAAACUCCAGGACUCAUCCUGGAAAUUUCAUCCUCCCGGCCCUCCAGUUGGACAUAGCAGUACUUAGUGUGAAAGUUCUAAUCAUCUGUUUUCAAAAACAUCUGGAAAAUGCUAAAUUUGACUUCAAGACUACGAGAUGAUUUAAAAUACAGAAAGCUAUCAUGCUAAAAAAAAAAUAUGUGUACUAACAUAACUACAGUAGUAGUAGUAUAGUACUAAUAAUGAUUUCCUCCAGCCUCAGGUUUAAACUUGGUCCUUUACAGAAGAACUAUGUAACUACCCAAGUUUCUUGCUGAAAAUGGAUAAUAUAUGGAAAUUUGUAGAGUAUAGCUUGAUAUUUGUUGGCAUCCUUACUAGCCUAAUGAUGAGUUUCUUCUUUGGUCAAGAAGAAGACGAUUUUCUGGGUUUACUGUCAGCAUUCUUUGGCAGAGAUUUUCCAUUUUCAGUAAGCUCCAGUGUUCUUAUCACAUAAACUAAAGAAAGAGGCUUUCAGGAGAAAGUGCCUUGAUAAAACUAACCAAGGAACAAAAAGUUUAUAUUCAGCUUUUCCUCCAAAGUCAUUUAAACAUUUCCUUUCUGUUUAUAGUUUAUAUACUUGUUUAGAAAACUUAAUUAUGUUAAUUAAUCUGGUCCUUAGGACCACUGCUCUCAGGUGCAGGUCUGGCAGACAAAGAUUUAUUCAAGUAGCAUACAUAAACUACUCACAACCGAUAAAUAACUGUUUGUCUAGUCAAGGGUAAUGAAUUAGGUCAGAAUGGAAUUGUUAAUGAAUAAGAGCUGCACAUUUAGGUCAAACCAGCAUUGAAGUGGUCUACAGGAAUUUGAAAAUAUAUAUAUCAGAUUUGAAAAAAGCAUGAUUUAUUGUAGCUAGGUUACUUUUACAGCUUUCCAUAAGAUUGGCACAGUGCCCAAAAGUGACACCAGAAAAGCACAGUUUCUUAAGCCUGUGAAUAUAGACAAAUCUGUGUAUCUGAAGAUGCACAUAAGUAGAAUUUCCAUCUUUUUAGUCAUUAAGAGGCAAAGUGACAUGAACAUUUGGAAUAUCCCUUGUAACCUCAU